AUGGUGUGGAACUUUGUAACACAUCCCCAAAACGCUGUCGACUGUGGGGCGCAGUAUUCACUAAAGAUAGUCCAGAUCCAUCGUCUACCCAGUGCUCGCGUUAUACAAAGAAAAACAUGGAACGAACCAUCCCAACAGGCCCGCAGCAACGAUUUCAAAAGAGGCUUUGACUCGACCGGUGUCCAAAUUCUUACUGUUAAUGGAAAGUUAAUGGAAGUUUACAAGUGUUUCCGUGGAAACCAUAUGUGGACUGUUAUACAAAGAAGGCUGGAUGGCUCUGUGUCGUUUAAUCGGAAUUGGUCAAGUUACAAAUAUGGAUUUGGUUCCUUAAAUUCUGAAUUCUGGCUUGGAAAUGAAAAUAUUCAUCUGUUAACAAAAAAGGGUCUUACUUAUCUGCGAGUCGACCUAAUGGAAAAUAACGGGGAAUGGAAAUACGCAGAGUAUAGUAAUUUUUCAGUGGACACCGAGGGAAAUAAGUAUAAACUUACUGUUUUCGGAUACUCUGGAGACGCAGGAGAUAACUUGGCAUACCACCAUGGCAUGGGCUUCAGCGCCCCUGAUGUUGAUAACGACGGGGCUGAUAAUUUUGACUGUGCCGCGUACCUACGGUCUGCUUGGUGGUAUAAUGAUUGCACCAUGUCGGACCUAAACGGAGAGUACGGAUACAGAGUCCACUGGAGCACCUUAACCAGAGGCAUCUUCUCCUUGAAAGAGACCAGAAUGAUGAUUCGGAAACCGUAGAGUGUGCUGUGAGAGAAUGAAGUGGAUAACUAGUGAAUUGUAUAAUUUAGUUUCAAUGAAAUUGAAAAGAAUUGCUACAGAUUAAUGUAUACCAACAUCGAUUCACCGUUUUAGCAUUUACAAAUA